AUGGACUCGUUCAAGAGGGAAGUGUUUACUGAAAUAAAGAACUAUACGUCGCAGAUAGAGGAAUUCAGGAAAGCUGUACAAUUCUUGUCUGACAAAGUCGAUGAAUCAAAUACUUUAAUUGCAAGUAUUAGGAAAGAAUACUCCGAAUUAAAAAAGGAGAAUGAAAUUAUUAAAUCCGAGAACAGAAAGCUUAAUGAAAAGGUAUACAUACUAGAAGACAAAGUCAAAGCUAUGGAACAAUACUCAAGACGGACGAAUUUAGAAAUUAGCGGAAUACCGGAGACUAAAGGGGAAAAUGUGUUAAGCUUGUUGAAGGAUGUUGGAUCAGCAGUUGGAAUAGAGUUACAUGAAUCUCAAGUGUCGGCGGUCCAUCGCAUACCGACUUUUAAAAAAGAGCGUCCUCCAUCAAUAGUUGUACAAUUCCUUACUAAAAUACAGAGGGAUGCUUGGAUACAAUGCUUUAGACAGAAAAGAACUCUAAUGGCAAGCGAGGUGCACCCAUCAUUCUCCAAGAACCGAGUCUUCAUCGGUGAACAUAUGUCGCCGGACAACAAGAUCUUCCUAGCUCAGUUGAAGGAGAAGUGCAGAGACGCAGGCUUUAAAUACGUCUGGUUCCGCGAAGGAAGAUUCUUCGUAAGAAAAAAUGACGGGGAAAAGUGCUACAAAAUAAGCAACCUACAGGAUCUAGAUAAAGUAAGCAACAUUCAUAGAGGAGCUCUGGCAAAACCAUACGACGAAGCCGUUUCCUCAAAAGGGAACUUGGAUGUUGUCGCUGUCCCAGAGCAAGGGAAAACUCCUUCUGAACCAGCAUAA